UUUGUUUACCCCGCCCACCUGUGUGUCCUAUAAUAAAGGCCACAUGAGGCUCAACAGCUCCACACACACAGCUGACUCACUGAAAAUGGAUGCUAACAUUGUAGUAAUGGGCACAGAAAGCGUUGGGAAAUCAGCGCUGACUGUACGUCUCUUAACUCGGAGAUUCAUUGGAGAGUAUGGAGAUAUCGAGUCCAUCUACAGCCACAGUUUUAUGGUAGAUGAGAGGAGAACCACCCUCAAUAUUUGGGAUUCACCUUGUUCUGAGGAUUUGUCUGUGGAGACGUCACUCUUUGAGAAGAAAGUCCAAUGGGCAGACGGCUUCGUUCUCGUCUACAGCAUCUGCGACAGGGCCAGUUUCAACGCCGUCAGCAGGCUCAUUCAGACCAUCAAGUCCACCAAAGACUACCUGAACGCAGACAAAGCGCCCAUAGUGGUUGUGGGUAACAAGAGGGACUUGCACCACAGGAGGACAGUGCUGAGCGAGGAGGGCCGUCUGCUGGCUCUCAACACGGGCUGCCACUUCUGCGAGGUGUCAGCGGCUGAGAACUACCACAGUGUGCUCAUGGUGUUUCACGGUCUGGUGGGCAGGAUAAAGGGUGCAAAGCUGACGACCAAGAGACCUCUGGGGUUCAAGGGCAUCGUGAAGAGCAUGUCUGCGGUGUUUGCCAGGAGACGGACAGACUCCUUUUAGCAAGACCAUAACAGCAGAAGGAGUUUUCUAUGAACUGCAUGAGAGGGGUCACACAUACAGUAAUGAGGGUUUUACCUGAUGGACAUCACAGUCUGUCAGGGAAAUAUUACCAUGUGACUGUGCCAAAGAUCAAAAUGAAGUCCCCUGAGUCAGAGACAAGACAGAAAGCUGUUCCUGAAAAGAAAACAUUUAGACAAAACAAUGUGAAAGAGGUUCUUUGGUGACAUGUUUUGAGGUUAGCUGCACUUCAAGGUUGGACUGAUGAAACUAAAGUUAUUAAUUCUACAGAUACUUGACAUUUUAUAUGCUAUUGUGUGCAGCAAGGUAUGUGAAGUUUAAGAAGGGAUUUAUAUUGGAAGAAACAAUAUGUACAAUCUAAAUGUGCCUUUAGUCAUGAUAAUGACCAAAGAAAAAUGCUCUUCAAUUUACAACAAAAAACUUUUGCAUCACUAAAAAAGUGACUGAAAACGUGUCGUGCCUAAUUUUGUUACAGAUUAUUGAAAGUAAAUCAUGUAUAUUUAUUCAACUCUUUAAAGCAUUACACAUAAAAGUGUUUCCUUUUUAUUUAUGAGCUCUCCCAUGUUUAAUCCAUCUACUAUGGACAAUGUGCUGAGAUGUAUUUUUUAUAUAUGCCUUGUUUUAUGUAUUACAAGGAUUUUAAAUAAAGCAUAAAAAGUGAUUUUCAUUUGUGUUGACUCUCAAAUUCCAAUGUUUGUUUUCCAGUAACAUGAUUAAACAGUCAGUUGAUCCACAU